GAAUGUUCCGUAACCUUCAUCCACAAACUGGCCUUAUUUUACUCUAAAGUAAUGACAUGGGACAUAUCUCUAGACUGCAACAAGUAUAGGACAGUCUUGUUAAGAGGUAACAUUCCAUUGAACGUCACAUAACUAAUACUGGCAUAAAACCUCACAGAUAUUUUGAUUUUGUAAAAAUUGUAGCAAAAAUACAAACUAGGUUAUGUCGUAAUUUAUGUUGGGGAGAAGUCUGUCCAUUUGAGACAUAUGGCUUGAAGAUUUUCUUUAGAGGUAAUCAGACAUUAGAAGUUAGAAGUUGUGUUUUGGUUUUGAUGUCAUAGUUAUUUUUAGGAAACAAAUUGUAAUUUAUAGAUGUAUAUUGUGCAAUGUAAAGCUUUAAAAACUAAAAAAAAAAAAAUAGUAAAAUAGACUCACAAGAAGUUGCAGUAAUAGUACAUAAAAUUCUCAUGUGCCCUUUACGAAGCUUCCUCUAAUAGUAAUGUUACAUAACCAUAGCAAGUACAAGGAAUUGAUGGUACUCUACUACUAAGUCAGAUACAGACCUUAUUCAUAUUUCACCAGGUAGUCUGUGUGUUUAUGUGUGUAUUUCUAUGAAAUUUUAUGGUUUAUAUAUUUGAGUUAACCUUCACAGGUUGCAAAAUCAAAAAGGAAUCUGGAAUCUGUAUUACAAUAAGAUUAUAAAGGAAUCAGGAUUUCACAAUAAGAAGUUUCCUUGUAUUAAUAAUCACAGCCUUUCUGCCACCCUGAUUUUGGCAACCAUUUGAAUAUGAAGCUUUUUAAAAGCAGAGAUAAAUUGACUAAUUAGGGCAACAGCACUAAACACCUGUGAAGUAUCCCUUAAGUUCACAGGGCUAUAUAUGUAGGAAACUAUAUGUUUCCUACACAGAACUUAAUGAAAUUGUGAAUAGAAAAUAGAUACUCCUAGUUUAGCAGUUGUUAACAACAUUAGGCACAUCUCCCAUGUGUGUAGGGCCUGGAGCAACAGUUCAAUAAAAGGAAGCCCACAAAGCUAAUGUCUAACAUUUUAAAACUUAUAUAUCAAAAUAACAGAAUGUUCAAUAAAAUGUAUUCUAUGCAUGGGGAUAUCUAGGCCCUACGCCCAUUGCCCCUUUUCUCUUUUCACCCAUGGUUCAUCGCAAACCAUGAUGUGCCUUGAGUAUACAUAUGUAAAUACUCUAGCCUUCAGCCUAAAUUUAUCCAAACCCUGUGUAAGCAACUGCUUUCCAAGACAGGGUCCAGGAAAGAAGCCUCAGACUAGAUGACACUCAGGGCUGUAAAUUAGACUAAAUUCCAGGGUCUGAUGUACCCAGAGAUCUGGGCCCUUAAUGACUGUUGAUUCUGUGAGAAGGAGGAUUGAGCCUGGAGCAGGGCCAGAGUAGAACUAGAGUGGUGCUUUUAUUGACAGGGCAAAGGUGAUAUACUAAAUUACAUGAUCAGAUUAUGUAAAUAAUUAGGUUAAGCUAAUAAUCUAAGAUUACAUAACCAAAUGAUCUUAGAUUGCACACAGAGUCUAAGCUUCCAUUUUAGGAAACUAGACAAAAAAGAGCAAAUUAAGUCCAAGGAAUAAAAAACAAAAGAAUAAUGAGAAUUAGGGCAGAUAUCAGAGUAAUUGAAAACAGGAAACCAAUAGAGAAAAUCAGUAAAACCAAAAGCUGGUUCUUGGAGAAGGUCAAUAAAAUUGAUAAAUCUCUAGCCAGUUUAACUAAGAAAAACAGAAGACACAAGUUGCUAAUACCAGGAAUGAAAGAGAGCCAUAACUACUGAUCCCAUGAGCAUGAAAAGGAUUAUAAAGAAAUGUUAUGGACAACUCUGAGACCACAGAUUUGAUAACCUAGAUGAAAUGGGCCAAUUCCUUGAAAGACACAAUCUGCCAAAACUCACAGAAGGAUAAAUUGGAAUAGGCAUAUAUCUAUUCAAGAAAUUGAAUCAGUUGUUAAUCUUCCAAAUCAGAAAGUAUUAGGCCCAGAUGUUUUCACUGGUGAAUUCUACCAAAUUAAGGAAGAGAUGGUGUCAGUUCUCUACAAUAUCUAACAGAAUGUGAAAGCAGAGAGAAUACUUCUUACUCAUUGUAUGAGGCCAGCAUUACCCUAAUUAUAAAACCAGGCAAAGACAUAACAAGAAAGGAAAACUACAGACCAAUAUCUCAUGAACAUAGAUAUAGAAGUUUUCAACAAAAUAUCUGCAAAUUGAAUCUAACAAUGUAUAAAGAGAAUUACAUGCCGUGAUCAAGUGGGAUUCAUCCAGGUAUGCAAGACUGGUUCAACAUUUAAUAAUCAAUUAAUGUAACCCAUCAUGUCAACAGGCUAAAGAAGAAAUAUUAUAUGAUCAUAUCAAUAGGUGCAGAAAAACAUUUCAGAAAAUCCUAACACCCAUUCGUGAUAAAUAAGAAACUCUCAGUAAGCUAGGAAUACUAACUUACUAUAAAUAAAUACUAAGGAAUUACCUUAACUUGGUAAUAAACAUCUAUAAAAAUCCUACAGCUAGCAUCAUACUUAAUGGUGAGAAACUAGUUGCUUUCCCAAUAAGAUAAGGAACAAUGCAAGGAGGUCCCCUCUCACUACACCUUUCCAGCAUCCUUCAGGAAGUCCUAGCUAAUGCAGUAAGACUAAAAGGUACAGAUUUGGAAGAAAGAAAUAAAUCUAUCUACGUUCACAGAUAACAUGAUUGUCUAUGUAGAAAAUUCCAGAGAAACAACAACAACAAAAUCUCCUGACACUAGUAAGCAGUUACAGCAAGGUUACAGGAUAUAAUGCUCAAGCAGGUGAUAAAAAGAAAUGAGCUAUCAAGUAACAGACACACAGAAGAACCUUAGAUGCGUACUGCUAAAUGAAAGAAGUCAAUCUGAAAAGGCUUUAUACUGUAUGAUUCCAACUGUAAUGCAUUCUCAUAAAGGCAAAACUGUGGAGAGAGCAAGAAGAUCACGGGUCCGGGGUGAAGGUGGGAGGGAUGAAUACGUGGAUUACAGAGAAUUUUUAGGAUGGUGAAACUAUCUUGUAGGAUACUGUAAUGGUGGAUACAUGUCAUUGAUUUGUCAAAACCUACAAAAUGUAAAACACAAAGGGUCAAUCCUAAUGUAAACUAUGGAUUUCAGUUGUAAAACUAUAUCAGUAUUGGCUCAUCAGUUGUAAAAAUGUACCACACUAAUGCAAGAUAUUAAUAAUACGGAACACUGUGGAGGGAGGUGGAGGUGAAGGGGUAUAUAGGAAUUCUGUGCCUUCUCAUUUUUUCUGUAACCCUAAAACUACUCGAAAAAAUGCAGUGUAUUAAAUAAAUAAACAACCCUGCCUCAUAUAACAGAACAGAUUAAUCUGUGAGGAUGCUUUCUUACAUAUUUACAAAAUUGAAAACUCACAUCACUCAGUACCAAUUUUCCCAUGUGGGGUUGGGCUGGGGAGGGGAAUGCAUUCUCAGAAAUCAUAUAUUGACAACCACUGAAGCAUAUCUUCAAUUACAGCUUUCUGCUUUUCUAAGACUUAUUACCUUUUUUUGGAAUUAUCUUAAAUUCCUUACCUCUCAUUAUAACAUCUUGUUUCUGUACUAAAGUUUUUGCUUGUCAGUCAUAUGUUUUUGCACUGCAGCUAUAAUCACCACUAAUGAAUAUUUGGGUUGUUUUUAUAGUCUUCGUAAUACUUUAUUUAUUUUAAUAUUUAUUUAAUUAUUUAUUUGGCUGUGCUAGGUCUUGGUUGCAGCCUGCGGGAUCUUUGUUGCAGCAUGCGGGAUCUAGUUUCCUGACCAGGGGUCAAACUCGGACCCCCUGCAUUGGGAGUGUGGGGUUUUAACCACUGUACCACCAGGGAAGUCCCCAAAAUACUUUAAAUUAUAGCAACUUAAGGCCCAGUGUAAUAGAGUCUCUUAACACCUAAAACUAAAAGGUCCUCUAAUGUCCUAACUUGCACAUUUCCCUCCCCAUUCUACUCCCACAGAUAAGGUCCUGUAAUCAAACAAUCCUCCUGUUUUACCAAGGCAACCAGGUGUACCUGUGGUUCUUGCUUUUCCCUGAGUAGCAAGUUUCACUUCCCUACCAGCCCGCGAGAUUACUCAGAAAAGCCAGUCCCAUCCUCUCACAGGAACCAGGGGUCGCUGCACCCUCUUGAUAGUACAGAGCCAUUUCCCACAACCCCUAGUUGUUCCCUCUGUUCCCAAGUGCACUACCUGUGUGACCUUGGAUGGCAUGUGGUGCCCUCUUGCCUGGCCUGUGAAUAUGCAUAACUAGUAAACUUAUGUAGAUCUCACCUGUCCAGUGUGAGAUGUCAUGUGUUCAGCUAUUCCAUUACCCCAGGGCAGGAAUCCCGCCACCAACAGAGUGACUAGAAGGCAGUUAAUACAGUUGGCAUCAUGAGCAGGAUUAUCCAUCCAAGACAGGUCACCUAGUCAGUGUUAGCUCAUUGCUCUUGGCUAACUGGUUCUGUGAUGUGGCAGAGGCCACUUGGGAUAGAACCACCAAUUGCUGGUAGGCUUGCACUUUGGCCUGCUCUGCUCUGUGUUCUUUUUUUGGAGUGUCGCUCUCCCUUCCCACUCUGAGAGGCUGUUUUCGCUAAGAGAGAAUUAUUAAUUGGCUAUGCCCCUGUGUGGCUUGCCAUUGGGUUCAGUCUGUUUGGCAGGUGGUCUCUAAGCUACCUAUGAGGCCGGCUGCUGGACUUUGAUACUCUCCCUUGUAACCACCCAGAAGGUCCAUGCCAUGGGUGAUUGGAUAGAGACAAAAACUGAAAGCCAAGACUUUACAUGGCUAGAAAUCCAAAAUAACCGAGGAAAUUUGCACAGAGAAAACAGAGAGAAAGAAACCUGCGUGGCAGAAAAAAAGACCACAGCCAUGGCAGACAGAGGAUGUUCAAUCAAUCAACCUCUGGGUUAUGGGCCCAGCAUGCUUUUGCUGCACCACCUGAUACCUAUUUCUAUGUUGUAAAAAAAAAAAAAAGAAAAAAAAUUCUGUGCUCAUAGAGGGGAAAACUCCCAUCCUGUGGCACAGCAAAGAGGUUAAUUCAAAUGCAAUUUAAGCCUGGGAUCCUUAAGCCAUAUGCAGAAACCAUUGCCAUGGAGCAGGCCCCUAACCCUGACGAUCCUGAUCGGAUGCUCUCUGGAGACAGAAAUUUGUAACUUUGAUUAGAGUAAAAAGAACCCCUCCUCCUCAGAAGUAUAUCCAGUAACCACAAAAAGAAAAGAAAUGGAAAGAAAGAAUGAAGGGAGGGAGGCAGACUUAGACACAGGGAGAGGAAACAACAAAAUAACUGAUACAAAAGUCCACAGUCUUUUGUUUUUGUUUUUUUUUUAAUUGAGGUAUAGUUGCUGUACAAUAUUAUGUAAGUUAGGUCCACAGUUUGACCCAAUUGGAAAUCCAGAAUUUACUAAUAUAAUUUAUACAGCAAAAGAUAAAAGGGUGCUGAUUGGCUUUUAUACCUUCCAAAUUAACUUUAGUGUUAACUCUAGUAUCUGCUGAAAUGUACCAUUGGCAAACUUUCAUGGCCUUAAUACAGGGUUCAAGUUAUAGUUAUACCUGAGCAUCCCACUAAAUGUAAUCACGUUACCCCUAAAAUCUUAAAGGAGUUAUUGAACAUAAAAUAGUGCUAUAGACUCAAUUGUGUAUUGCUCCAAAAUUCGUAAGGUUGAAAUCUAAUCGCCAGUGUGAUGGUAUUUGGAGGUUGGGCUUUUGAGGGUGAUUGGGUUAUGAGGACAGAGCCCUCAUGAAUGGGGUUAGUGCCCUUACAAUAGGAACUCCAGCGAAUUCCCUUGCUGCUUCUGUCGUAUGAGGACUUAGGAAAAGACAGCCAUCUGUGAACCAGGAAGUGGGUCCUCACCAGACAUCUGGCACGUUGAUCUUGGACUUCUCAGCCUCUAGAACUUGCUCUUUUCAACAGCCUCUCAGCCACAGUUUGCCUUCACCUCUGAAGGGACAUCAGACACCUUUACCAGGCUACCCGUGGGAUACCUCAGCAACUAUGCCAUUGCACAGUCUUCGUGGGCAAUACCUUAACUGCAUCCAGUUUUCUCCAGGAGCACAGGUGUAGCCCCUCAGUUCUCUACAUUCUUCCAGGAGCAGCAGAAAAUGAUCACAUCCCAGGGAUCACUGUCAUUCAGGGAUGUGACUGUGGGCUUCACCCAGGAGGAGUGGCAGCACCUGGACCCUGCUCAGAGGACGCUGUACAGGGAUGUGAUGCUGGAGAACUACAGCCACCUCAUCUCAGUAGGGUUUUGCAUCCCUAAACCAGAAGUGAUCCUCAAGUUGGAGCAAGGAGAGGAGCCAUGGAUAUUGGAGGAAGAGUCCCCAAGCCAGAGUGUCCCAGAAUUAAUUAGUAGCAGUAGAAACUAUUCAAGAAAGAAGUUUGAUGAGUUUAACAAAGGUAGAAAAUGGUUCCAUGAUGAAAAGCAUGAAGGAAUUCACUCUGAAGAGAAACCUUAUGAAUAUAAUAAAAAUGGGAAUGGCCUCUGUCUUAAUGAAGACUCUGUUCAGCAUCAAAAAAUUCAAAUUUUGGAGCAACCUUUUGAAUACAGUGAAUGUAGGAAAGCUUUCCAUGAGAAUUCACUCUUUGUUAUACAUAAGAAUCCUUACACAGGACAGAACACCUGUGAAUACACUGAAUACAGAAAAACCUUCUGUGAUAUGUCAUCUCUCUUUGCUCAUCAGAGAACACAUCCAAAAGAGAAUCAUUAUGAAUUUAAUGAAUGUGGAGAAAAUUUCUUUGAGGAAUCCAUUCUCUUUGAACAUAAUGUUCACCCUUUGAGCCAGAAGUCAGAUCUCAUUCCAAUUCAGAGAAGCCACUCAAUUGACAAUAUUAUUGGAUAUAAUGAAUGCGGAAACUUUUUCAAUGAAAAAUUAGUCUUUGGCAUACAACAGAGCAUACAAACAGGAGAAAAACCCUAUGAAUGUCAUGAAUGUGGGAAAACCUUCAACAAGAAGUCAGCCCACACAAGACAUCGGAGAACCCACACUGGGGAAAAAUCCUGUGAAUGUCAUGAAUGUGGGAAAACUUUCUGCAAGAAUUCAGACCUCAUUAAACAUCAGAGAAUUCAUACAGGGGAGAAACCUUAUGAAUGUCAAGAAUGUGGGAAAUCCUUCAGUGAAAAGUCAACCCUCACCCAACAUCAUAGAACACACACAGGGGAGAAACCAUAUGAAUGUCAUGAAUGUGGAAAAUCCUUCUCAUUUAAGUCAGUCCUUACUGUACAUCAGAAAACACACACAGGGGAGAAGCCCUAUGAAUGCUAUGAAUGUGGGAAGGCCUUUCUCAGAAAAUCAGACCUCAUUAAACAUCAAAGAACUCACACAGGAGAAAAACCUUAUGAAUGUAAUGAAUGUAGGAAAUCCUUCUCUGAGAAGUCAACGCUCACUAAACAUUUGAGAACUCAUACAGGCGAGAAGCCCUAUGAAUGUACUGAAUGUGGAAAAUUUUUCUGCUACUACUCGGGUUUCACAGAACAUCAGAGGAGACAUACAGGAGAGAAACCUUUUGGAUGUAAUGAAUGUGGGAAAAACUUCCGUCAGAAAUCAGCCCUAAUUGUUCAUCAGAGAACUCACGUAAGACAGAAACCCUAUGAAUGUAAUGAAUGUGGAAAGUCAUUCUGUGUGAAGUCAAAACUCACUGCACAUCAUAGAACACACACAGGGGAGAAACCCUAUGAAUGUAAUGCAUGUGGAAAAUCCUUCUGCCACAGGUCAGCCCUAACUGUGCAUCAGAGAACACACACAGGAGAGAAACCCUUUAUAUGUAAUGAAUGUGGGAAAUCCUUCUGUGUGAAAUCAAACCUCAUUGUACAUCAAAGAACUCACACAGGAGAGAAACCUUAUAAAUGUAACGAAUGUGGGAAAACCUUCUGUGAGAAAUCAGCUCUCACUAAACAUCAGAGGACUCACACAGGGGAGAAACCCUAUGAGUGUAAUGGAUGUGGGAAAACCUUUAGUCAGAGGUCAGUACUCACUAAACAUCAGAGAAUUCACACAAGGGUGAAAGCUCUUUCAGCAUCCUGAACAUUCUGAAGCCUUUAUCCACGCUUUCAAAUUCGUUAUACAGGUUUUUAAAAUGAGAUUAAUGAAACCCAAAGAAUGCCACAAAUUAUUAGAAAGUGAAGUUUUGUUGUGCUUCAGAUAAUUAGUACUAGAAUAAAACCUUAUAAUGUUUUGAAUAUGUGAAAGCUUUCAAGAAAAAUUAAAACUUUCCAUCAGAAAAUUUAUAUUGAGGGGAAAUUCAUUUAAAUAAUAUGGCAAAAACCUUUAUCUCAAAUUUAUGUUGUGUAGUGCCAUAUUCUGGAUGUGAUGCCAAAAUUGUAUUGUAAAUCUAAUGGAUGAUACUCUUUUACAGUCAUAUUCACAGAAUCAUAAGUUUAAAAAAGUUAAAUGACAACAGCAUUAAACAUUUAUGUGAAGAGUCCUUGAUGUUUGCAGGCCUUAUGUGAGUAUGCUAAUAUCAUAGAAAUUUGAGGUAUUCUUGAUAUGUAUAUUAGAGCCCAACAUGCUUGUGAAGAGAAACUCUGAACCCUUAGUUAAGUAACUAUUAUGGUCUAUAUUAAUAUUUCCCACACUAGAUAUCAUCAGUGUCUUUAUAGGUUGACACAAUUAUGUACAUAUGGAUAUGUAAAUAUGUUUAUACACACAUACCAACACACAGUGGUGUACUGCAGUAAGCUUAUACUGGCUUGCAAGUACUGCUGAUUGUUAAAUUUUCAGAAAUUUUGUGAGCCAGUUGUUAAAAAGAGUCAUUAUUUAAAAAUUAAACUAUAUAAACUUACAGUUAAAUAUUAAAAAAGCAAGGUAAUAAGUACUCAACACUCAUUACUUCCUAAUUAUUUUACAGUAUUUUGCUGUUAUCUUUGUUCUUUAGGUUAUUUGUAUUGUUGAAUCUGCAUGGUGAAUACUGUAUAAUGAUGUGCUACUGGACAUCUCUUCCCGGCUCUACAUUCAGUGCCAUCAUGUUGGUAGCUUGGCUUUAGUGGGAGUAUUUACACCAUGAUAAUUGGCAAACUCUACAAAUCAGGGUUUUGUUUUCUCAGAGAACCUGUAGUCACAUAUUUACAGUAGCACAUCACUGUGUAUUUAUGAAAAUACAUUUGGAAAAUUUAAAGUACAAGCCACAUACCCCUUUUUCCGUUUUCUGAUAUAAAUAAAUGGCUAUGGCCAUUAUUGCUGAAUGGCCUCUUGAAUAAAGAAGCCAAAAUAUGUUUUUGUGAGGUUUUUAACUACCUCUGCAUCAAUCCUAUUCUAAAUACUACCAGAGUCUCUCUGUAGUAUGGCCAGUAUAUGCUAUUUUACAACCAUAUUGCUUACCUUUCUUCUGACUUUGCUGGCAUAUGUGAAUGAGUAUGGCCAUUUUUACUGAGCUUCCACUUCCAUAAAAGAGCCAAACAAUAUUUUUCUGAGGUUACUCAGCUGCCUUGGGUCAGUCAAUAAUGCAAAUGCUAUUAAUAACAACGAUAUUUACAUAAAUUUCGCAAAGGUUAACAUCAGUUAUGAACAGUAAUGCUCACUGCAUUCUACAAAUAAAAAGUAGUGGUGUAUAAUGAAAUGCCUCUGUCAUAUUCUUGGUGCUUUGUUGCUGUAUCUAUUUAGGCAUGAUGUGUGUAAUCCGAGUUCUAUGUAACAAAGGAACUAUGUAUUUAAUUUAAUAGACUGUAAUAUACUGUCUCUCUCUCCUUUGUCUUAGUGUUUCCUUUGCUUCCUUGGAACACAUUGAAAGCAGUUCCAAGAGAUACUGCCCACCCAACAGCCAAUCCCUACUUCUUAGUUGCUGGGCUGUUUUGUCUCUUUGUCCGUCCUUCCCCCAGAUGAUUUAGGGGUAAAUCCACAUUAGUCUAAGCUAAUCAUGAAGAUUCUAUUCUAAUGAUUUUGUUGGGAUGGACAUGGGAGCAAUGAGAUAUUUGGAAAAUAUUCUGCAGUGCUUUGGGGAAAGAUCUCAGUGAUAAAGUAUUGUCAUGACAUGGGAAGAGAUUGUCUCUCUUCUGCUGGACAUUUUCAUGUCUGUAUGUUACACUAGAUUAUAGUUGUGACCCUGAAGGACAAUAGCCUGAAGAUAACAGUACACAAGAUGGGAAAAGCCUGGCUCAGAGAUGACGUCACUAAGCUGCACAACUCUUUUUGGACCUGCUCUCUACUAGGAGUUUGUAUUACUGUGGCAAUAAGUGGCUUCUUAUUUAUUCUCAGGGAUGUCUGUUACUUAGACCUGAAGGCAGUUCCCUGAUACAGAUGAAUUCUUGUCUAAGUGUUAAUGUUCUAUACAGCAAUUUUAGGGAAGAAUUACUUCUUUUGACAAGUUAGUAUAGGGAUGGCUGUUAGUAUCAGCCAUGGUUCUGGUGAAAAACAGAAUUCUGCUUCAACUAAGAAGACUUUAGUGGCAGACUUAUUACAGUACAGUAGUUUGGGCCAAAAACAAGGGAUAUUGAAGCACCUAGAGACUAGUGUCACCAGGAAGCCAUUACCAUUCUAAGUCCUUAAGGGGCAAAGGAUGGAAGCAAGUGUUACCAGAGCCCAAUAAGAGCUGCUCUUAUGGAGGAGGGGCCUCCUCAUAGGAGAUAUUGUCACUACCAAAAUUUUGGCACCAAAUCCCCAGAGCCCUCAGGUGCCACGUGCAGGUGAGCACAAGUGGGCUUAGAGAAUGUAGAAGGGAAGGUCUGGGUGGAGCUAUUGGAGAAUAAGCAUCACAAUGUUUUUUAUUCCUGUAAAUUCCUAUAUAAAGGCUCAGUAUUAGAAAUAAAGUUAUUCUACUCGUUGAAAGUUAAGUGUUUCUGCCUCAUUGUGCUGUUACGUUGUCAUAAAGUAAAUUCCUUUUGGAACUGAGCACUGUGGCAGGUAUGUCUUUCCUUUGGCAUAUGUGAAGCAGACAUGUUAAACUGAUUAUUCAUAUAGCCCUACAUGGUGUUUCUUGUCAUAGUUGUGUGAGGUUAGCAGCUCUCUGUUCUUCCAAAUAGCCAGUCCUCUGCACUGUUUGAUUAAUUCAUCCUUUUUCUUGUUGGCUUGAUAUGACCAGUAGGGAUAACUGGUUACCCCCCUCGAGAGCAUAAUAAGAGUAGGUGUUUACCUCACAUAUUAUAAUGAGUACAUUUUUGUGUAGAUUUUUAAUUGAAAUAUAAUAUUUUGACAGUAUUUCUGAUUGGCAAAAUUCAAAUACCCAUAAAAUAAGUGUAUUUAUAAAUUCUCUAUAGGUAGAUAUAUAUGGAUUAAAAUACAUGGCAAAAGGCCCAGGAUACCUGCUGAACUAAAAGCCAAUAGUUACUUCGGGGGAGGUAACUGUUGGGGUAGAGUCUGAAGAGUAGUCAUCCGUUAUACUCCAAAGAGUAUUUAUGCCCUCUUCUCUCAAUAUGGGCCCUGGUUAAUCAGCACAGUCCUAGGAAAGCUUAGGAAAUUUCGCUACCUCCUUGGGCACCAGUCAUGGCCACCAUGCUUCUCCAAGUUCCUCUUCUAUUUUAAGGAAUAUGAUUAAAGACUGACAAGAGCAGAGCAUGUCUUCACAAGGGGCUUCAAGGAAUUCUGAACCCCGUCUUAUUCUUCAAGGACUUGGGCUUCUUUGCGGGGGGUUAGACAACUGAGAAUUUUUGGCUGUGUGUUAUUGGAAGUAAGUUCAGGGUAAGAUCUGCUCUUUCACAUAGGGAUAACUACCCCUAUUUUGUAGAUGAGGAUACUGAGCCCAGAGAGCAUCAACCAUUCCAUCCUGUGGACUCCAGACAUGCUCAAGGUGGGGCAUGCAGGAUAUUAAGCAUCACUUCUCUACCUCCUCAAGCAUCUGAGAGGAACUUGCUCUCAAACAGUGGUGUGUAAGAGUAGACGUCAGUUCCUCAAGAAUAUGUAGUGGCUAUUGCAACUUUUCUACAUUGUUCUAGUAAUGUAACCUAUUCUUGUGAGCAUGGAGUUGGCAUUUACUCCAGAUGGCACCAUCUAUUCCUGGCUCCACGUCUGUAUUCAUCCAGGAAUGAUCCUUUGUUAAAAUGGGCCAAUGAGAACCCAUCCUAGAAUAUUUUUAUUGAGAAGUCAUUGUGACCAGAUAGUUUGUGUCCUUCUUGCUACCAGCAGCCAUAUCAAGAAAAUAUAUCUGCAAGGGAGAAGAUGAUGGUGACAAGGUUAUAAAAAUAAAAUGGGAAAAGUUGUCAGAAAGAUGGUUUGAUUUUAUGUAGUGUGGAGAGGGAAAGACCUCAUUGGGGAGGCCAAAGUGGAGGAAAAGAGCCACUUGGAUAUCUGGAUGAAGUUGUGUGUAUAUGUGUGUAAUACAUACACAUGUGUAACCUGUUUUUGUUUUUUGUUGUUUUUUUUUUAAAAUUGGGCCCGUUUUCUGUCUUGAACUUGACCUCCCCUUGCUUGGUAUGAGCUAUCAUCAUGCCUAUGCUUGGCAGGGAAAGGUGGAGCCAUAGCCUCUGGGAGGGUUUAAUUCAUGGGUAUCCUAGAGGUCCUCAGCCACUACCCCUGUUUAUUGCCCCCAGUUGGAGACUGCAGCUGUAGUUGCCCUGAACCUACCCCUUUAUCUGUGUUUUUCUGGGGAAGGCUUAUCCUGUUGAAUCCGUUAUUUUCACUUAAUCUUCUGCCACCCCAACACCAUUUAUUAAAUAGUCCCAUUUCUCUUCACUUUUUUUAAAACACUACCAAUAUCAUAUACUGAAUUCCUAUGACAAUCUUAGGACUUCACAUGUUUUUUUACCCGACUCAAAACUAAAAUAUUUAGAUUAUUAUAGCCAUUAACAACACAUCUUUAGAUAAACGUUAGUCUUUAUUUUCACAAAAUGUUUGGCUCUUCCCAUUAUUCCACAUAAAAUUUACAUUUGUUCUAGCAAUGGAACAAAAAAAAUGUGAAGACACAUAACUUCGUUGAGAUUUUGUUUGGAAUGUUGUGCCGUAACAUACUUCAUUUUGUAGUCAGGAAAAUGAUUUGUACCUCUUAUUACUCAAAUCUUUUAAACUAUUGUUCAGUAAAGUUCGUUUCCUUCA